UAAAAGCUACUUCAGUCGUCAUUAGAGUCAAGUUAAUGCUGAGGUUAGGAAUUUUGUUCAAAAACUUUAAAAACAACCAAAAUAUUACAUAAGAAGAAAAAAACAAUUUGAUAACAACCAGUAAAGUUAUUUAAAAAAUCAAACUUUCAAUCAAUAAAUAUUCUGAUAUUUGUGAAUAGUUUAAAGUAGCAAAAGCGAGGCGGGGGGAGAUUCAUAGCAAUCCAGACAUUUUUCACGUGUUCAAAAUGUCGCUGUUUAAAAAGCCUACAUUCACUUAGAGACGAGCAUAAUUUCUGUCGGCUCCCAGGCGUUGACAACCAACCGACAAUACUGACACAUCGAGAUAAAUCAGAAUAUUAUCUAUGUUAUAUAAAUUAAUAUUGAUUAUGUAAUCAAUCAUUUGAUUGCCUUACAAAACGAUCGCAUAUUUUAUUGUGCAGUGCUUGAAUACUUGGAAUAGUUCGAGAGAAUCACAUACUUUUCUGUUACUUCUGCUGAUCAAAGAUAAACGAAAAUGUACGUUUGCGCGCAUAUAGACACAUACAAAUAUUAAGAAAGCCUUUUACACAUAAAUACAUAUUUAUAUUUUUUCCUUGCACACAAUGUUAUGGAAUUGAUUAUAAAUAUAACAAACAUACACACACACACACACACACACACGAAAACAAAGCUCGUGUUUUUACCCCAAGAGGCCUAAGCGCAAUUAAAGGAAUCUCUGAAAGUCUGGAUGGAUGGAAUGAAUAACAGACGUGACUGUCAGAGAAUGAGGCUGUAGGCGAAUCCAAAGACUCGGUCUUCGGUGACGCGACACUUGUAAUAGUUACAAUUAUUACACACGAAACUAAGUUUUUGACGCAACAUUUUUUCGAAAUCUACACAAAUGUUACAGCAGCCUUCCCCCCCACAUCCACGGGCCAUUAUGGUGUUUCGUUUGUAAGCAACGAGGUAUAUACAAGUGUGUGUAUGCCUGUGUGUUAUUAUUAUUAUUAUUAUGUGUGAUGUGCGAGUGAUGAAUUGGCAAGCCACCCCGGGUGCCCGAGCAAGCACCACCAUCAGAUCAGCUGCUGGCUUCUCCCUACGUGUCGGUCGUCGGUCGGCCCGCCCCUACGCCCCGGCACAUGCGCACUGGCAGCCCGGCCGCCCGACGUAGUCCAGAUUCUUUGUGCCAUUCCUCACAUACCAGCGGCUGGCUUGCUUCUUCAAGCUUAAAAAUUCUCAUUUUUUUCCACAACAACUCCGUUACAUUUUAGAAACAAGAGUACCGUUUCAUCUCGGCCUUUCUGAAUAUGUCAUCCAGCUGGAAUCACAGCGGGGAGAGCAAUGCAAGUAAUCCAGCCACAAACAACAACAAUUCCGAUAAUGCAUCCGAGGAUCUAUCCAAUGAUGCAGAAGGUGUAUGGAGUCCGGACAUUGAACAGAGUUUCCAGGAAGCUUUGGCUAUUUACCCUCCCUGUGGCCGAAGAAAAAUAAUUUUGUCAGAUGAAGGGAAAAUGUAUGGUCGAAACGAGUUAAUAGCACGUUACAUCAAAUUGCGUACAGGUAAAACGCGUACACGGAAACAAGUCUCAAGUCAUAUACAAGUUCUAGCUCGAAGAAAAGCAAAGGAGAUCCAAGCACAGUUUAAAGUUCAGGACCAAGCUGCCAAAGACAAAGCACUGCAGAGUAUGGCUUCAAUGUCCUCGGCACAGAUUGUCUCAGCCAGUGCCAUACACAACAAGGCCAUCGCAUCUGGAUUGGGUGGAUUGUCAUCAGGAAUGUCUCCAGUCAGGCCGACAUACUCUGCUGCCCCUGCAGCUUUCUGGGGACCAGGAAUGCCACCCCAAACACCAGAUGUGAAACCGUUUGCCACUCCACCUUAUGGCUUAGAUACAAAACCCAACACAUCACACAAUGAAGUAAGUCCACCUUGGCAAGGUCGGUCGAUUGCUGGUCCGAAAUUACGUUUGGUUGAGUUCUCUGCUUUCUUGGAACAUCAUCGGGAGCCAGAUUCAUAUCACAAACAUUUAUUUGUACACAUAGAAUCAAAUGCCAGCUAUUCGGAUCCUUUACUGGAGGCUGUUGAUAUCAAACAAAUAUAUGAUAAAUUCCCUGAAAAGAAAGGUGGUUUGAAGGAAUUGUAUGAUAAAGGUCCUCAGGCAGCAUUUUUCUUAGUUAAAUUUUGGGCUGAUCUGAAUACAAACGGCCAGGAUGAUGCUAGAGCAUUUUACGGUGUUUCUAGUCAAUACGAGAGCACAGAAAACAUGACUAUCACAUCUUCAACCAAGGUUUGUUCUUUUGGAAAACAGGUUGUUGAAAAAGUAGAAACGGAAUUUCCUCGAUAUGAAGGUGGCAAAUGUGUGUAUCGCAUCACUCGUUCACCAAUGUGUGAAUAUAUGAUCAAUUUCAUCCAUAAACUGAAACAUCUACCUGAAAAAUACAUGAUGAACAGUGUUUUAGAGAACUUUACCAUAUUGCAAGUAGUAACCAACCGAGAGACCCAAGAGACUUUGGUGUGCAUUGCGUAUGUAUUUGAAGUGUCCACCAGUGAGCACGGGGACCAACACCACAUAUACCGGCUGGUCAAGGAAUGAAGCUCAUGUCUCCUCUCAUCAGCACACGCACACACACACACAAACACAAACACACACACACACACGCGCGUGUCACAACAAUCUUCUGCCGUUUGUUUCCUGGUUUUUUUUUUUUCCAAACCACAUGAGGAGUUGGGGGUGAGACACAUCAAUGCCACAUGUACACAGUUCGUGAUGGCUGCCUCAUGGCUUCAUGUAUCUCCUGUGUACACUCAACACUAAACACAACUCCAGUGCCUGUAUAAACGGUCUGCUAGCCCAGAAUAGGAAUGGAAUAUUUGUCGAUCAAAGCUGUCUGUAAAAUUUGGUGGAAACUUUUUUUUUUGUAGGAAGUUGAUUUUUUUUAUUUAUUUAUAUAUUUUUCUCACAUUUGUCUUUAAAAAAAAAUGAUAAUAAUUCUUGGAAAAGAACAAGAUACAAGACUAAAAUAUGAAACUGAAAUAAUCAUUUAAAACAAUUUUUUUUUUAAAGUCUUGUGUCAUAAUCAUUACAUCAAUGUUGUUAUUAUCAUUAUUAUUAUCAUUAUUAUUAUAUUAUCAUUGUCAUAGUCAUCCUUAUCAUCAUUGUCAUCAAUUUUAUUUUUACCUUCCUUGAAGGCCGACACAGCUCUCACACCUAUUUGCAGCUGACCUUUUUUUUUUUUUUGGUAUUUACGAUUAUUUUCCAAAUUGUGACCCUACCUUGAUAAGGGGCUGGGCUAGACUGCUCAGAAAAAGUUUCACACCGUCUUGCCUUCUAACAUUCUGUAAGCAUGUGCAACGUGUGCACGUGCUCAAAUACGCACAACACAAACACACACACACACACUCUCUCUCUCUCUCUCUCUCUAGAAAUGACACUCAACUAUAAAACAUCAUAAUGAGUUUAACUGAUAAAAAAAAAACAAAAGACCUCAAAACUUGAAGAACAAAAGUCAAAUGUUUUGUACUAAAGAAAAAAAAAAUUAUAUUCCUGGCCCACCACCACUGUCCCGGAUACUGGGAACAGAAUGGAAAACUCAAGUAAUCCUGUCAACAUUUGAAGAAUUUGAAUCAAUAAUGGUGUGUGUGUGUGAAUGAUGUCUAGGUAAAUUAAUGCUGUAAUUGAGAAUCUUUACAUAGAUGAGAUUAGCCUGGAUUAUCCAACAAAUGGAGUCAAUUAGACUGGAUUGUUCACCCAUGGUAUUAAGAAUUUUUUUCUUUCUUUUCACCAAAUUCAGAAAGUUAGAAAGAGUUCUUGCUCUUUUAAUUAGGAAGAGACGAUGAGAUGCAGUUUGGUUUUGUGCCAGGGAGAAUUACUAUGGAUGCCAUCUUCUUAGACGGACAACCGUAGAAGUAAACCUGGAGAAAGCUUUUGACAGAGUUCCUUGUUCUGUGACUUGGUGGUUUGUGAGGAUGCUAGGGCUAGAAUUGCUUGUGAGCACCAUACAAGCCAUAUUAAGGUGUGCUGUCAGUGAAGUGAUGGUUUGCUAUGAAUACUGCAAUGAAUUUAGUGCAGAAGUAGGGUUUCACCAGGCUCCAGUAUUCAGUCCCUUGCUAUUCACCAUAGUCCUCCAAGCCAUAAUUGAGGAAUUUAAAGCUGCCUUCGGAACCAAUUAUGUACUGAUAACCUCUUUCUUUUAUUGGAAGCAAAAUACCAGGUGUGGAAGACAAACUUGCAAGCAAAGUUAAUUUAGCAAAGACUAGCAUUGUUUUAAGCAGGAAAGACUUUCAUCAGGUGAAUAGCUCUGAUUGGUAUUUUGGAAAGGUGUAGGUAGGAAUUCCUAACGAUGUAGCCAGUGCCAAGAAAUGGAAUUGCAGGAAGGUUAACAGAGGAAGUAGAUUUUGUGACAACAAGAAAUUCCUCAGCAAUUUUUGUUUUGCUGUGGUUCCAGUUGUGAAUCUGACCAUUUGAAAGUUGAAUGUCUUGACCACAUGUAGAACAUCAUGUAGCACAUGGAAAGCUGACAUUUUGACAUGUUGUCUGAUAUCUUAUCAACGGAGUUUAUUGACUUUGGGAGUUUCAUUCACAACAUGGCUGUCGUAUAACAAACUACAACCAAAACAACAAAAACCCCUUCAAACAAACUGCUAACCCUCACCCCAUUCUUUCUCUCUUUUCUUAAUUCAUUAACGAAGAUUGGCUUUGAAAUCUCUCAUUUUUAGAAUUUAAAAAUUUUUCUUUCAUAUUAUAUUUUAUUUAUUUAUUAGUGGUUUUUUUUUAAUGAAAUUGAUGAAAUUUCUGAAGCAAAAAGGCUGAUGUCAUUGAGUGAUGAAAGCCAACCAUAUUCACCAUCAUUCAUUACUCUUAAAUAACCAGUUCUGCCGAAGAAUUACUCCUGUCUUUGUAUUACUUUGUCUUAAAAGUGAUCAGCCAGCCAGAGUAAUUAAGUAACUAAUUAAGUACUUUAAUUAAUUAACUUUGUGAGCUGCUGUCAUUAAAAACCGAAUCCCUCCACUUUCAGUAUGAUGAGUGACCAUACUGCUAACCGAAUGCUGCUGAAGAAACCCUCUCGGAAAUAACCAGAUUGCAACGUGUCUGCCUUAUGCCGAAACAAAAUGCAGGAAUUAAAGCUGAGCUGAGCUGUGUGUGUGUGGUGUGUGUGGUGUGUGUGUGUAAGCAGAAGGAUUGUAGUUUUGCUCGAAACAUUGUUGUACGGAAGGAGAAAAUGAAUGCAAAAGAGAAACGUGGAAAGCUCCGAACAAUGCAAAUAGUUGUGUGUUCAGGC